AUGCGAAAACUAAUCCUCUCCCUCGCGCUGCUAGCCCUUGAAGCAGCAGCCAUAAACCUAACAGCCAUAUACACCAACCUCUCCCCUGGUGCCGAGAUAGUAUACACCACCGACACCGACUUCCGCAACGAAACAACGCCCCGAUACACUAUAUACCGUCCACCCAGCUCCUACGGGACCAUAAUCCCAGCAACAGAAGCAGACAUCCAGCACAUCGUCCAAACAUCAAUCAAUAACCACAUCCCCUUUCUAGCCACAGGCGCCGGUCAUGGGAUUACAAAGACCCUCGGGGGAUUCGCCUUUAGCGACACCGGUGUCACGAUCCAGUUAAGCAAAUUCAAUGCCGUUGAAAUCAGUCCAGAUCAUGAGUAUAUCACCGUCGGUGGCGGGGCAACUUACGGCGAAGCGUAUGAGCUCAUGUACAAUGCCGGCAAAAUGAUGGCUAUGGGAAAUAGUCCUUGUGUUGGAAUCGUUGGCGCAGCACUCGGCGGCGCAGUGGGGAUGUGGCAGGGUCUAUACGGACUUGGUAUUGACGCUCUAGUCUCAAUGCGUCUGGUUACAGCGACAGGUGAGUUGAUAACUGUAUCUGCAACCGAGAACCCAGAUCUCUUCUGGGCGAUUCGAGGUGCGGGUGCGAAUUUCGGCAUCGUCACCUCUGCGACGUUUCGGCUGCAUGAUGUGUUUAAUGGCGGGGAUGUGGCGAUGAGUUUCUUUCGAUAUACCGCGGAUCGGAAUGGAUCUGUUUGGCAGGCUUUACAGGGAUUUGACGAGGAUAUGCCUGACUUGUUGGCGUUUAAUAUUGCCAUGAGUAUUGGUCCGGAAAGAGAGCCCUUCAUAGCCGUCCAGGCAAAUUACUACGGCCCAGCUUCCGAAGCAAGAGCCUACAUCCAACCCUUCCACGACGCAGCCCCAUUCGAUGUCCAAGAAAGAACCCUUUCCUGGCCCGAUCUCCAGUCGUACACACACACCGUAGACCCCCGCAACUGCGCCCCGGGGCAGUACAUGAACGAGUGGAGCAUCUCGCUCAAGCAGACAGACAUCAAUACAUACAUCGAGUACUAUAACCAGCUGCAUUCCCUGUGGGCGUCUGAGCAGCGAUACACAGGCCAGACGGUCAUUGCGCGGUUUCCGAAUCGGCUUGCAAGGCAGGUUGAGGAUGCUGCGACGGCCUAUCCGCAUAGAUCGGCGGUUUCUCAUUUAUUGUUUGAGAACUUCUACUCUGAUCCGGAACUUGACGAUAGUAUUAAUGCGUGGAUGCCUGAGGUGAUGGACUUGUUCCAGGGGACCAGCGGGUUUGAUGAGCUGCAUGUGUAUGGUAAUUUCGCACAGGGGAAUGAAGGCCCUGAGGCGUGGUAUGGGGGGAACCUGGAUAGGUUGAAGGAGUUGAAGAGGGUGUGGGAUCCGAAUGGGUUGUUUAAUUAUAAUAACCCUAUUCCUGUGUAA